AUGUGGAGUUUCAGUUUCAGAGACCGAAUUUUCGAUAUCGAGGGGGAAGAUUUCAAAGUGGUGAGGCAGCUGACCGAGGAUGACGAUGCGGAAGUUGGUGAGCGCAAGGUUUUAGCAAUAGCCAAGCGACAGGACAAAAAGCAGUACCUGCUCAAAAUACGCUAUCAACUUGACCCGGGAGACUGUGACAUAGAAGAUCUGGACAAGACCUUGAAGGUUGCUGAACAGCACUACUGCCAUGAAGUGGAGGCUAUAGACCUUCUGUCUACACACGGAUAUGGGCCGAAGUAUCAUAAUCACGAGACCCACGAACAACCUCAUUGGAUGCCUUUUCCUGGAGGGUACCUUGAGUUCAUCGUUAUGGAGUUUCCUCUUGGGAAGAACGUUGAUGAUAUCCUAGAGGAGCUUACCGAUACCCAGCGCAGGAGUAUCAGAAAGCAACUAGCGCAUUUAUUGGAGCUCAUGCGCCAAAAUGACUACAAACUGACUGAGCAACACCUAAGCUACCUUCAUUACGAUGCUCGGGCAGACAGGCUUUAUUUAGUGGAUCUUGCGGGCCUUGGAUAUACCAACUCAGCCACAUCCUAUCCGAUCGAUGAGGAGAAUCCGUACGUGACAGCAUUCAACAUCUGGCGGAAGGAGUACUCGAAGACUAAGCGAACCCCGAAGUCCGGCGACAUUCCAUUGUCCCAUCAGCCUAUUAAGAAGGAGAACCAGCCCCCAAGGAAGAUUUGA